CCUGCCAUUUUAACCCAAUAUAGGACUCCAUUCUGUUGUGGGAACAACGCAAUAAAUAAGGACACGAGACCAGUUUCACAUUUAAACAUUAGCUGUUGUAUCAAAGGUAAUUUGUAGGAGCCAUGGCCCGUACCAAGCAGACAGCCCGUAAAUCUACUGGAGGCAAAGCCCCACGUAAGCAGCUGGCCACCAAAGCUGCCCGCAAGAGUGCCCCUUCUACUGGUGGGGUCAAGAAGCCCCAUCGUUACAGACCUGGUACUGUGGCCCUGCGUGAGAUCCGUCGUUACCAGAAGUCCACUGAGCUGCUGAUCCGCAAGCUGCCCUUCCAGCGCCUGGUGAGAGAAAUUGCUCAGGACUUCAAGACUGACCUGCGUUUCCAGAGUGCAGCAAUUGGAGCCCUGCAGGAGGCCAGCGAGGCUUACCUGGUUGGUCUGUUUGAGGAUACCAACUUGUGCGCCAUACACGCCAAGCGUGUCACCAUCAUGCCCAAAGACAUCCAGCUGGCCCGUCGUAUCCGUGGGGAGCGUGCUUAGACGCCUCCAUAUUUUUACCUCCGUCUGUCUUUUCCUCCCUUCCACUUAUCCUUAUAAGACGCUUGAUUUGAGUAAUGACGUGACAAGUAAAGUGUGUGUGUGUAGUUUUGUUCUCAUAGCAGCAGACUUUUAGGGUACUUUGUAUCUGUUUUGAAGCUGAUCUGAGUCACACCUUUUAAUGUGUAUGCAACUCCGGACAGCAAAGGGUGCAUGCAUGAAGCAUCUUGGGCAAGCAUUUCUCCCUCCUACUAUUGAUACUAUUACAUUAUAACAGGGUUGGUUUUCUAAUUGAUAUACAUGGUGUUUUUACAUGUACCCUUUAUUAUAAUUUUUUUUUUUACAACUAGUGUUUCUACUGUUUACAUGAUACAUUUACAAAUGGGUAAUUCUGUUCUGAAAUUGAUCAAUAAAAAUAUGACUGCAUGAUUCAAAGUAUUGCAUAGGCCUAUAUGUAGCAAAAUGUUUAUGUAUUUCUCCCAUGUUUUUAUCCAGAUCAUAUUUUAGUUCCUUUCUCAGGUUGUGAUACCCUUUUCAUACUGAUUUAGUUUAUAUUUUUAUUUUUUAAGCAGACAUUUUGUAAUAUCCCGAAUUCUCAUACAAUGGUGAUAAACUACUGUUCCACAA